GUACUGUUAUCUGUUUUCUUUCUCCAUGGCGUCUCUACCCCGGUCUGUUGGGUAUUGCUGCUUGCACAUAUGGAUAUGGUGCCAAUCAACAGCAUUCUUUGGAUCAUUACUGAUUAUCCCCGCUUCCGCGCGAGUCAAGGAGCCCUCCAAAGAUGGAUAGCAGCUGUGAUUGAGGCUCUUGUCAAUGUCGGCGAGGCUGCUGCUGGCAGUCAUAUAAAUAUGGCUGAUGUUUCUGUCUGAAUGAGAGGAACAGACAUAUCAAAGAAGAAAGGAACCUUCACAGCGCUUGCUUGAUUAAUAUUUACCUAUGGCAGAGAUUGUAAAAAUCAUCUGUUCCCAGCCAGACCAAGCCUUGGUCGAAAUCCGAGCAGUUGUGCUAGAUACUCUACCAGUCAACUUCCUCACCCCUCACGGCCGUCAGAGCCUUCCUGACUUCGUCAUCCACCGGGGCCCUGAGCGGACGCUGCAACCGGUCACCGGUGAUGCGUUUACAGUCUGUGAUUUGGCGCGAAUUCGCUUCUGGAAACACGGCGCGAAGACAAGCGAUCAAGACGAUUUUUACCUUUUCCCUCUCCCUGCAGAGAGUCUCGGGCGAAUGGUAGGGGUGGAUACUGAUACCAAUGCCCAUGCCGUUCUUGGGCGCAAGUUUGCUCAUUACGCCAACUUGCCUGAUGGUAACAGGAUCGACGUGGCUCCAGUUCAGCCGCGGGUGCUCACGAACGAAGAGAUGCAAGAGCAGCAGCGCAGAUCCCAAGAACGACAGAGACAGGCCGAGGAGGAAGAAGCGAAGCAACGGGAGAUCAGGAGGAGGGAUCGCCAGCCACCUGUCCCUGCUGCUUAAUUGAGUAUAUUCCAUCACUGUUUUCUGGGGUAUCUACACUAUGCUAUGUUAUUGAAAGAGUAUGAAUCGUUUACAGGCCUGGUCGGCAG